UUUUAGUUAGUAGUGAAUUUGGACCCCGCGAAAUCAUCUGAAUCAUGGCUCAUAGGGUUAGUGUUAAGAGCAGAACUGAUACUAUGAUGAUCUCCCAGAGAUCUGUCAAACCUGGAACAGGUUUGCUAAAAUCAGGUGUAAACCGAUCUGCACUUGGAGAAAUUACAAACAAGGAUGCGAAACCUUUUGAAUUUGGAAAGUCUAUCAAGCCUCUUAAACCUCGGCAGACUAAGGUUGCUGCUCGGCGUCUCCUGCUUGCUCCAGAGACUAAUCAAAUGGAAGUUGACGACACUGAUGUUGUUGAGGAGUCGUAUCAGGAUAUUUUGUCUAACCGAGUGACUGCUUUAGCUGUACAGUUACCUACUGGAGUUGUUGAUAUUGAUUCAGAGGAUCUAGACAAUCCUCAGCUAUGUUCAGAAUAUGCUCCGGCAAUGUACGCGUAUCUGCGUUCGAUGGAAGAGGAGUUUAGUAUCCAAAGUGAUUAUUUAUCUGGGUAUUGUAUUACACCAAAAAUGCGUUCUGUGCUGAUAGAUUGGUUAGUUGAUGUUCAACAGCAAUUCAACCUUCUCCCUGAGACUCUGUAUCUGACCGUUUCUAUUCUAGACAGGUUUUUAAGCGGAGACAGUGGUAAAGAUGUCCACAGAAGUAAGCUUCAAUUGGUCGGUAUCUCGGCUAUGUUUAUUGCCUCUAAGAUUGAAGAAAUUUAUGCUCCUGAACUAAAUGACUUCGUUUACAUCACUGACAAUGCCUACACUUCUGCUGAAGUGAGGUCGAUGGAGCUUAACAUUUUUAAGGCUCUUAAUUAUCAUUUUGGAAAACCUUUGUCGAUCAACUUCCUGCGCCGGUAUUCUAAAGCUGGCGACGUCGACGUUACUGAACACGCUAUGGCGAAAUAUAUUCUAGAGGCUAUUCUACUUGACUACAGUUUGGUGUCUGUAAACCCCUCCAUGGCAGCAGCUACCAGUCUGUACCUUUCUCUGUGUAUCCUGGGGAUGGAGGUUGAAGACAAGAUCCUGUGGACCCAAUCCCUCCAUCACUAUACUGGGUAUACCCAGGACCAGGUUCAUGAGCAGGCGCAUGGUGUAGCUGGUGCGCUCAAGACUGCGCACACAGGGAAGUAUGCAGCAAUUCGACAGAAAUUCAGUUCCUCAGUAAUGCAACGAAUAGCGCGCAAUCCAGCAUUGGAGUCCAAACUUAGGUUUCUAUAAGUUUCACUCUUCAUUAAUAUUUUGAUAUUUGAAGCAAAGCUUAGUAAAUUAUUUUUAAUAUUUAUAAUUGUUAUUUAAUUAAGUUUAACUUCGAAUAUGACUUUUUGUUUUACUCUUCUUAAGACGUUGAAUAUUUUGUAUAAAGUUGACAUUCCACUACUUGAGUGGUAAGCUUUUUACGUUAUUUAAAUAAAAGCUUUGCUUUUAUUCAUUCUGUCUAUUUUGUAUUGUGACUUUGUAAAUAUAUUUUCACUUCA